CGCGGGAGGGGGCCGGUGCGGCGCAUGCGCGCUGUGCGCCGCCUCCGCCGCCGCUUAGAGAGCCCCCGCCGUUGCCGCCACUGCCACCGUCGCCGCCGCCUCCUUUCCGCCGGCGGGUGUGUGAAGGAGGAGUCUGAGCAGGGACUGCCGCCGCCAUGGGGAGAAAGUCAAGUAAAGCAAAGGAGAAGAAACAGAAGCGACUGGAGGAGCGGGCCGCCAUGGACGCCGUCUGCGCCAAAGUGGAGGCCGCCAACAAGCUCGAAGACCCCUUAGAGGCCUUUCCAGUGUUCAAGAAAUAUGACCGCAAUGGAUUAAACAUCUCCAUUGAGUGUAAGCGGGUGUCGGGGCUGGAGCCGGCCACGGUGGACUGGGCCUUCGAUCUCACCAAAAGCAACAUGCAGACCCUGUACGAACAAAGCGAAUGGGGCUGGAAGGACCGCGAGAAGAGGGAAGAGAUGACGGAUGACCGGGCCUGGUACCUCAUUGCCUGGGAGGAGAGCGCCGUCCCGGUCGCCUUCUCGCACUUCCGGUUUGACGUGGAGUGUGGGGACGAAGUCCUGUACUGCUACGAGGUCCAGCUGGAGAGCAAAGUGCGGAGGAAAGGUCUGGGCAAGUUUCUGAUCCAGAUCCUGCAGCUUGUGGCCAACAGCACCCAGAUGAAGAAGGUCAUGUUAACGGUGUUCAAACACAACCACGGAGCAUACCAGUUUUUCAGGGAAGCUUUGCAGUUUGAGAUCGACGACACCUCUCCCAGCAUGUCCGGCUGCUGCGGCGACGACUGCUCCUACGAGAUCCUGAGCCGGAGGACCAAGUUCGGGGACAGCCAGCAUGCCCACUCGGGUGGGCACUGCGGCGGCUGCUGCCACUGAGGCUUCCCCAGGCCCCGAGCCGCCUCCCCCGGCCUGGCCCCUCCCCUGCGUCCCACCACUCCACACAUUCACAGCUGCCUCUCACCUUUCAGGUCUUCCACUCCAGAGCUGCCAGCGCGCCCCCGCCUUGGUGGGCCUCCAAGCACCGUCCCUCCCCCCAGCAGGGGUGGGCGGUGCCGGGCUGGGGAAGCUCCCCAUUUCUCUGGGGGGCCCACGGGGUGUUUCUGUGCCAGCCUGUGACGCGAGUCGGGCUUCCGAGCCCUUUCUCCGCUUCACCAGAACCCUGCCCUCCCCCCCGGCAGUGGGUCCCUGCUGGGCUCCCCCGCACCGGAGAAAUGGGGCGCCCCCCAGGCCCACGGGCACCGAGAACACCGGGGUCUGGCCAGGAGACAGGGGGCUUUAGCUUUGAGAGCCUCCACUUGUAGUUUCCUCUCCCAGAGAGAAGUGGCGGGGCAAGGUGUGCAUGUGCAGACCUGGGGCCCCCCGGACGCUGCUACAGGGCUCUCCCUUCCCCGCCGGGCCGGGCCCAGAGGCCUGGAACGACCCACCCAGCCUGGCUCCGGGCUUGUCCUCUGACCCCUGCCCCAAGGGCUGCUGCUCCUCUCCGGGGGAAAUAACAUCAGGGAGCCCCCAGGCUUCCCCUGGAAAGCGGCCCACUUCCUGUCGGCCUCUGCCGUUUCCUCUCUACUUUGGUGCUGACUCUUCCCCUCCCCCGCCGGCAGCAGGCCUCCCCCUCUGCCUCAGUGAGGCAAUGACCCCACCAGCUGUCUGCGGGCCAGAGGGGCGGCUCGGGCCGGCCUCGGCCCGUUUUGUUCAGGGAUGCCCUCUGCCCGCCCCCUCCCUCCGGCAGAAUCUGCUCUGUCCUUCCCAGGAGGCCGGGGGGAGGGGGGCCCUGGGGAGCCCACCUCCCCCCUGCUGUGACUCCUUAGAAGCCCCUACUUAGGGAGCGUCUUUCAAGUUUUAACCUCUGUGAAGGUUCUAGCCGAAGGUCUAUCCUCGGACCGACCUCAGCUCCCCCUGCCCCUCGCCGCCCCGGGAGGCAGCUGUGCCCGCUGCUCUCGCUCUCCCCUCCCCUUCUCUCCCUUGCCCUCGGCGUGGGAGCGUGGGCACAGAUGCCCGUGGGCCAUCCUCCAGCACACCAGCCUGCGAGCUGCCGAGACCCGGGCCCCGCUCCCCUCGGCAGCUCGCCCCCUGCUUUCCCUUGGAAAGGGCCAGGGAUUUUCUCAGACGCCUUUGCAGCUUUUACACUGGAUGAAAUCCCUGCUCCUCCCCUUCCCCCCAGCCCCCCCAAUGGCUCUGAGAGAAGCUCCUGCCCAGGGGCGGAUUUCUAGGUCACAGAAAGGGGCUGAUUUGGGCUUCCUCACACUAGGAGCGGAGGAAGGACCUUUUCAGAAGAGUUUCCCUUCAGCUCUCCAGGGAUAUAAACCAAAACACUUUGGGUCUCAAAUCAUGGAUUUCUGACUGUGUAUGCCCCCAGAAUUCCAAAGGAAUCCCCAGCAAAAAUUCCAAGUAACUUGAGUUCAUUGUGUGUCUCUUUUUUACUGACCUCCUGACCUCUUCCUCCUAGCCAGCCCCAGGUCCCAAACUCACUGGCAGGGGAGUGACGUUGAAGUUGCCCCCAGCUUCCUUCGUGCCCGGUGCUCUUCUGCUGGCCCAGCAUGCAUUCCUUGGUUGGGUUUUCCUCUCCGGGACCCCUGGGCCCUCCCUCGCAUCAGUGUCUUGCCUCAACUUCUCCUGAGUCUACUUUCUGAGACCUGUAGCUCUGGUGGGACCGACUCAUGGUUUUGUUUGGGGUGUGUCGAAGUACUUUGGUUAAAGACGGCUUUUUUGCGUUGUGCCCAUCCUGUGCCCGGGCUGGGUCACUUCUGUUGGUGUGUUUGUGCACGUGCCCGAGUGAGUGCGAUUCUUCUUAACCUCUGGGUUUUUUAGAGGAAAGUUGGAAAACAGACCCUACUCUUGAUAUAUAUAUAUUUUUUUCCUCAGUAAAUUCUUUUCUCACUGGAAUCAAAGGGAAAAAAGCAAACUUUUUGCAGUGGUUUUAUUUGUACGUUACAGAUUAAAGACACUUGGUUGAGUUGCUGGUAUGGCUUCCUGGCAGAAGGGGGUUGGGAACAGGCCACGGUGGCGUCCACUUGGUUUGAUUUUGAAAGGCAUCGGUCCCUGGGUCAUUGAGGAAGAGCUUUAGGGCAGGAAGGGCUUGGACUAAUGGCCACUUAUUCUCAGCUCGGAUGUCCUUGGAGGACACUACCUCCAACAGUCUCUGUUCUCAGAAUCAAGAAGGCAAGAUGAAAUGUCAAAACGUCCAACUCGUCCCCAACCCCUCCCUACCCAACGAGCACAGAAAACCAAGAAAAGGUCCUAGGGGGACAUUGGUUUUCAGCCCAGGACACCUUAGGAAGAAAGGUCUGUGGACAUGGAGAUAAGGGCUGACCAGGAGAGAGGGGCAGGAGCAGCCUUGGCUCCCAAGGACUGCAAGGCCACUGAACUCUUGGUCAGAAAAUGAGGUAUCCCAGGGGAUCUGUAUACUAGCACUGAAGGCAAGUGUUCUUUAAACUGUAUGUGAAUGUGUGUGUGCGAAUACAUAUAUAUAUACACACAUACACACACAUAUAUAUAGUUCUGUCAUGUCCAACUUUUUGUGAUCCUAUUCAGGGUUUUCUUGGCAAAGACACUGGAGGGGGUUGCCAUUUCUCAAGCUCAUUUUACAGAUGAGGAAACUGAGGAAGCAGAGUUAAGUGACUUGCCCAAAGUCACACAGGUAGCAAGUGUGAGCCUGGAUUUGAACUCAAGACUUCUUGACUGGUACUUCAUUCAAUGUCGCUUAGCUGCUGAAAAAGAUGAGCAAGCAAACCCCAAAAAGCCUGACAAAUGCCUAUUAUGGCUGACAGGGAAAUGCAAGACAAAAUCAGAAGACAGCCACGUAAAAAUAUCUUCAGAGACUGAAAGAAAAAUGAAGAUUGGACAAAAGCCCAACGACAACUUCCUAGAACAGCUAGGGAAAAUAUAUGUGUAUAUAUACACGCAUGUAUUAUGUAGAUGUAUGCACAUAUGUAUACCCAUAUGUUUUUUAAAAAAAACCCUAAGAGCAAAAAUCGGGAAAACUACAAGGAGGAUUUUAAAAAAGAAUUAACUGCUUGGUAAAAGAGAUACAGAAAAAGUACCUUUUAAAAAAUCAAUUAGCCAAACAAGCUCAUGGUUCCAUGAGACAUUAAGAAACAAUAAAACCAAGUCAAAAGACCAAUGGGAGAAAAAGGAGAAAUGCAAAAUGUGAGAAAUGAUAACUCUGAAGCUACAGUGACAAUACCACAAGACUUAGCAACUUCUACAUUAAAAAACAAAGGACGUGGAACAUGAUUUUCUGAAGAGCAGAAGAACAAGAGUAAUUUAUCUAGCAAAAUGGAGUGGAAAGAAAAGAUAUUUAAUGAAGUAAUGGACUCAGUUAUAAAACUAGAACAAUGAAAAUUCGACCUACAUGAAUGAGGAGAAACAGUUCUUAAAUGGGAAAACAUCUCAUUCUUUAAAAUGUUUAAUGUCUAAUUUGAAAGAGGAUAGAAGGCUUGGGCUCGAGUUGGGUGUGAUGGGAUACUCCUGGAAUAUAAAGUUUGAUAGACUAUCAGACCUUUGGAGAAGGGAGGAAUUUAUGACCAAAGAAGAACUAGAGAACAUCAUGAAAAGCAAAGUGGACAACUUGAUUCUAUUAAAUUAAAAAAAAAAAAUUUGCACAAAGCCAACCAAAGAUUAAAAGUGCAAAACUGGAGAAAAGUCUUUACAGCCAGUGUUUCUGACAAAAGAUCUCAUUUUUAAAAUGUAAAGAACUGUGCCAAUUUUGUAAGAAUACAAAUCAUUUCCCAAUUGGUUGUCAAAGGAUGUGAACAAUUUUUAGUUAAAAGAAAUUGAGGCCAUCUAUAAUUAUUGCUCUAUUGAUUAGAGAAAUACAAAUUAAAACUCUGAGCUAUCACCUCAUACCUGUCAGAUUGGCUAAUAUGACAGGAAAAGAUAAAUGUUGCAGGGGACGUGGGAAAACUGGGAUACCAAUGCAUUUUCGGUGGGAAAACUGGGACGCCAAUGCAUUGUCGGUGGAACUGAAAUCCAACCAUCCUGAAGAGCAAUUUGGAACUAUGCCCAAAGGGCCAUAAAACUGCGUACUCUCUGACCAGAAGUGCCACUACCGAGUCUAUAUCCCAAGGAAAUCAUAAAGGAGGGAAAAGAACCCACAUGUGCAAAAACGUAGCAGCUCUUUUUAUAGUAGCAAAGAAUUGGAAAAUGAGUAUGUGGCCAUCCGUUGGGGAAUUGGCUGGAUAGGUUAUGGUAUGUGAAAGUAAUGGAAUAUUAUUCUAUAAAAAAUGAUAAGCUGAUUUUAGAAAGGCCUGAAGAGAUUGACAUGAACUAAUGCUGAGCAAAACAAGCAGAACCAUUCACAAUAAUAGCAAGAUUGUGCGACAAUCAACUAUGAAAGGCUUGGUUUUUCUCAAUUGUUCAGUGAUCCAAGGCAAUCCCAUUAGACUUUAAAUAGAAAAUCCAUCUGUAUCCAGAAAAGGAACUAAGAAGACCAUGCAAAUCAGCACAUGCUAUAUUCACUUCUUUUUUCUGAUUUUUUUUCUCUCCCAUGGUUUUUCCCUUUGACUCUGAUAUUUCUCUCCCAAUAUGAUUCAUAAAGUCAUCUAUAUUGAAAAAUAAAUUUACUAGAAAAAAUAGUUUGGUAGAAUAUAAAUUAUGGAGUGAUUCUAUACUAAUCAGGCAUGAAUGGAAUAACUGUUAAAGUGGAUAGGGCAGGAGGUAGAGGGUUAAUAGUGAUAGAACUUUAUUCUCAUCACAACUGGGUUAAAGAGGGUAUAACAUGUCUGAGGAGGGAUAGGGUAAAAAGAGAAAGAAGGAUAAAUUGAAAAAAUAGGACGAAGGGGAAAAUGUACAACUAGUAAUCAUAACUGUGAAUGGGAUUAGCUGGCCCACAAAAUGGAUUAAAAACCAGAACCAAUAUGUUUAUAAGAAACAUUUUAAAAUGAGAGCGACACAUAGUAUAAAAAUAAAGAGCUGGAGUAGAGUUUAUUAUGCAGCUGCUGAUAACAAAAAAAAAAAAAAAAAAAAAGCAGGGGUAGUGACAAUCAUGAAUUUAUACAAAGUUCAAGCUAAAAUAGACUUAAGAGAGAAACAGGGAUAUUACAUUAUGAUACAAGGUACCAAAUUAAUUCCAAUGGAAAUAGCAAAACUCUAAAUAACAGAAGGUCUCAACCUUCCCCUUUCAGAACUAGGUAAAUCUAACCAAAAACAUCUCCCUUGAGUUAUCACCUUGUUUCAAGUUGAGUUAACACUAGGAUUCCAACAAGAGAUGAAUAGAAUCUUAGAUAAACUAGAUAUACUAUUUAUCUGGAGAGAAUGGAAUGGGAAUAGAACGGAAUGCCCCUUUUCCUCAGAAGUACGUGCUACCUUUAUAAAAAUUUGCCAUAUAUUAAGGCACAAAAAAAUUAGGGUUAAAUGCAGAAAAGCAGAAUAUUCAAUGUGUUCUUUUCAGAUCAUAACGCAAUAAUUAUUUUUAGUAAAGAACCAUGGAAACAUUAAAUAUUCAAUGGAGAUUAAAUAAUCUCAUCUUAAAAGAUUGGAUUAAAAAAUGAAUGAGUCAUGGGAACAAGGAGACAAUAUACGAAAAUCUACAGGAUGCAGCAAAAGCAGUAAUCAGGAAUUUAUAUCCCUAAAUGCUUUUGUUAAUAAAAUAAAGAGCAAACAAAUGAAUUUGGUAUGCAGUUUUUUUUUUAAUGGGAAAAGGAACAAAUUAAAAAUGCCCAAUUAAAUACCAAAUUGGACGUUCUAAAAAUUAAAGGUGAGGUUAAUAAAUUGAGCAUAGGCAUAAAAUAUGGAAAUAGAUACAGAAAAACAGAUAUAUUAAAUGUUCUGUUUUUGGACCAAAAUGCAAUAAAAAUUACAUUCAAUUAAGAAUCUUUGAAGUAUAGAUUUAAAAUUCAUCGGAAACGACAUCAUCCUAAAGAAUGGAUGGGUCAAAGAGUAAAUCGUAAAAAACAAUUUCAUUAAAGAUAUUGAUAACAAUAAGACAAUUUACCAAAAUUUGUGGGAUGCAGCCAAAGCACUAUUUAAAGAAAUUUUUUUCUCUUUUAAACUCUUAGAUCAAUAAAAGAAAAAGAGCAGAUGAUUGAAUUGGGCAUGAAACUAUAUAUAUAUAUAUAUAUAUA